AACUUAUUUGACAUCCCUGCCAGCCACCAAUUCCACCCGCGUUGAGUUGCUAAAAUAAACAUAAUACUAUUGCAAUUGGAUUGGCGCAUCAACAACAACAAACGCAGUCCAGAUAGUUGGCCGCGAAUUUUGGUGACGUCUAGGCGUAGAUAGAUAUUGUGGCGUACCAAACCCAAAAGACGAAAGCGAGAAGCAAAGCAAACAAACGCAAAAGCGAAACGUGUAAACGGCGUAGAAGCGAUAAAGCAAGUCGAGAAAACGAGUCAAAUACGCAGCAGAUAUAAUUUAUACGAAAAAUCAGCCAUCCGCCGUGUGAGAGCAGCGAAGAUUUAUUAAAAUCGAAAUAUAUUUGAAAUUUCGGGCCUUUAUUCGCAAAUAUCUUACGCGAGUGUGUGUGCGUGUGUGUGUGUGUGUGAGUGUCUCAGGUGCCGACCCCCAAAAAAAAUUCAAGGAAUCCAACGGUAAAUGCAGCUCCGUAAUGUGCAGCCCAAUAAACAACAUGGUCAACGUAACGCAGCAGGACCUCCACGAUCUAUUGGAAAUUUUCGAAAGAAAAUCAUUCGAGGCGGCGGCCUUUGAGGAAGGAACAGCGGAGUAUGAGAUCUCCAAGAAAUGCGAAUAUUUGUUCAAACAGGACUACAGCCUCAUCGAACUGGACAACACCAAUGGCCUUCUCAGUCCCCGAUAUCCUGGCCGCAUACUCAUACCGGAAUGUGAACACGGACACAUGGCCAAGACCCUGGUACCCGGCAAUGGGCUGUUUGGCGGUGGCCCAGCAGGAGGAGGAGGAGGUUCAUCUGGAACUACAGCAACUGCCACGCCUUUGAAUAGCAGUGCCGGAAGCAUAGGAAGCGAUGGUGUUGGGAUACAAGCCUUUGUAACAUUCGCCAAUCCUCUGCAGACACCCCAUCAGCAACAGCAUCCUUUCCAGCAACAGCCACCUCAUCCCCUCCAGCAGCAACAACAACAGCAAUCCCAGCCACAGUCCCAGAACACUAUCUACGAGGAUCAGUACGAUAUCCAGCGGAUGAGAGAGCUGGUGACCAUGGCCAAGUAUGCCAGAUGCCGCCAGCGGUUUGCAGUGCCGGUGAUCAUGUACCGGGGCAAGUACAUCUGCCGAUCCGCCACGUUAUCGGUGAUGCCGGAAACGUACGGCCGGAAGGUGGUGGACUACGCCUACGAUUGUCUGAGUGGCGGGAAUUACACGGCCACCAAUGGCGAGGAGAACGAUGCCGACUCCACGGACGAGUCGCUGAUCAAUCACAUCCACGACCAGGCGCAGUCACAGUUUAGCUACGACGAGGUCAUCAAGAGCGAUAUCCAGCUCCUCAACACGCUCAACGUCUCCACCAUCGUGGACCUAAUGGUGGAGAACCGAAAGAUCAAAUACUUCAUGGCAGUUUCAUCAUCGGAAAAGGCUGAUCCCAACAAGCACUACAAGAGCUUCAACCUCCUCUCGUUGCCCUAUCCUGGCUGUGAGUUCUUCAAGAAGUUCCGGGACAACAACUACAUGGCCAGCAAUCUCUACUACAACUGGAAGCAGACCUUCAACGAUGCCAACAUCAAUAUACCAAACAUGGGACCCGCCGCCGACAUCGAUAUUAUAUGGCCGGAAUACCGGGACUGGGACUUGGUCACCAUCACCCAGAACUAUCUGAGGGCAACCCUCAAGUACGUCCAGGAGGAGAGCUCCGGCCUGCUGAUUCACUGCAUCAGUGGCUGGGAUCGCACACCACUAUUCGUGUCCUUGGUGAGGCUGUCCUUGUGGGCAGAUGGACUCAUCCAUCAGUCGUUGAACGCCAUGCAGAUGGCGUACUUCACUCUGGCCUACGACUGGUACUUGUUUGGCCACCAGCUGCCAGAUCGCCUCAAACGUGGCGAGGACAUCAUGUUCUUCUGCUUCCACGUCCUGAAGUUCAUCACGGACGAGGAGUUCAGCAUUGUGGAGCACCGCAAACGGACAAAGACCUCCAGCAGCAGCGGUAGCAGUGUCAUUGUCAUAAAAUCCGACUGCUGUGACGAUGAACCCAAGGAAGACUACAUCCUGCCCUUUGAUCAAGAUAGCAACGAUAGCUACUCAAACUGUUCCAACUGUGAUAUGUCUAUAACAGAUAAUUUUUAUGCCACCACCCCAGCGCCAGUCAAUCCACUGACCAGUAGGUCACCGAAUCCCAAAAGAUCGCGUACUAGCCCUAUUUCAGUGCCUGGAGCGAAUGCGAGGCAAAGGCAGGAGUCUACCUCCUCGAAUGGCAGCUGGCAGGUGGUAACAGACACUGGCUCCAUCGACUCUAUGAUGAACGGAAGCUAUAUGAUGCGGUUUGUGGCCCAGCAGGCGGCUGACGGUGGUAGCUCUGCGAACAUUCCCAUCUGCAACGGCGGCAACGGCUAUCAUUGCAGCACCAAUACGGCAUCGAGUGGCAGUGGAAGUGGCAGUAGCAUAAGUAAUGGCAGUUCGACGCACGGUUUCCCAAAUGGUUCCUCCAAAGACGUGGGCGGCAGCACAAUGACCACCAAGCAGUGCAUUAACUUACGAAAGCAACGCCUGAAUGCCGUGCGAGCCAUCUUUAUACAAGCCUACGGCAAGACGAUUGGACUGAAAUUCAAGGAAGGCUCCUCCAUGAACCUGGCCACGUUCAUUGGCAACCUGGCGGACCAACUGUUUUAGAGGGGAUCAGAAGCCACGAUUGUUAGUUUUCUUCCCAGAUUGUUUGUUUUCUUGUUAAGUGCUGCUCUUUCCAUCAACGACUGUAUUUUUGUAGACCUGUUGAAUUGCGUUCUGUUGUGACUGUUGUUAGUUGUAUAAAGGAUAACUGAUUACUACUGAUAAGAAUCGAACGAUCGAACGAACGAACUCUCCUAGACAACGUGCAUAGUACAACUCGUUCUCGUGUUUGCCCGGAGACUCCCCCACGACCCGCCUCCUGCAUCCAUGCCUCCUCCCCCCCGCUCUAUGUUUGUUUAGUUGUUAGUUUAUCGAGAAUGCAAAGCAAGCGGAUGGCCCAACAAGGCGAUUCGAUUUAUACAAUAGUCUUAAGUUGUAAUUUAUAGUAAUGUAUUUUUUAAUAAACUUAUGUGCAUUUGAUACAAA